AGCGGGUCUUCUGUCAAGGUCGUGCGGGAAUUUUGUCUGCAAACCAAAAUGCAGAGUUUACAAAACACAUCACAGAUUCACUCGACUGCGGGCGCGGUACCUGUUAAAAAUGAAAAAGGCCAAUUUUAUAUGGUUAAGGUGAAAGUACAGCGUUAUGUUGCUGGGAAAAAGCCGGACUUUGCCUCGAGCUCAAGUUCUGGUUCAGACGAGGAACAGACGGUGAAUGACACUGAAGAGAUUAAGGCAUUCACAUCACGACCUGGUUUACUAAGGGAUCGUUUGAGAGGACAGGAGCAUGCAAAAUCCACAGUGGAUGGUGGUGAGCAGCCAACUGCUGAAGAAUUAGCUGAUCCCAGAUUUAGAAGACUAAUGAGAGCAAAGGAUCAGCUUAGUCAAAGUAGUGAAGAUGAAGAAGAAGCUGAUAGAGUUACUCGUCACAAAAAAUAUCGCAAAUCAGGUCACUAUAGCGAAGAAAGUCCUCAAAAUUCCGACGCUGAGGACGCUGAUGAAGAAGAUGUGGACGAGGCUGAAUUAAUGAGAAGGCGUGAGCUCAUACGUAAAAAGGCUCUGGCUGCACAGAUAAACGCUGAGGCAGAAAAGUAUGAUAGAGAUGCAAAGAAUGAUACAGGUUAUGAUGAUGCAGAAGCUGAAGAUGAACUUGGUUAUUCAGAAGAAGAAUACACAAGCUCAGAUGAUGAAGUUGCACCCAAAUUGAAACCAGUAUUUGUACGUGCACGUGAUCGAAUUACUUUGCAAGCGAAACACAAAGCAGAUCAACUCGCUCAAGAGACUGAAGCUGAAGUAAAGCGGUUGGCGGAGGAACGUCGUAAAACAACACUGAAGAUGCUGGAAAUUGAACUACGUCGUGAAGCUGACGAGGCUCAUGCAAUAGAAGAUGCUCUUGAUGCAUUGGAUUCCGAUGAAGGUCAAGGUAAUCCUCAAGCAGAACAAGAAGAAUAUGAGAAAUGGAAGGUUAGAGAGUUAAAACGUAUUCGACGAGAUCGUGAGAUUCGAGAAGCAGUUGUCCAAGAAAAAGCAGAGAUUGAAAGAAUACGUAAUAUGACCGAUGAACAACGUCGUGAAGAAUUCAUCAGAAAUCCUAAACUGGUUACCAACAAGUCAGUUAAAGGCAAAUAUAAAUUUUUACAAAAAUACUUUCAUCGGGGUGCCUUCUUUGUUACUGCAACGGAGGAUAAAGUGUUCCAACAAGACUUUACACAGCCUACUUUGGAGGAUCAUUUCGACAAAACCAAACUGCCAACUGUUAUGCAGGUUAAAAACUUUGGACGUGCUGGUCGAACUAAGUAUACACAUUUGGUAGAUCAAGAUACAACUGUAUUCGAUUCCCCUUGGUCAACAACUAAUCCACAGAAUAUGAAAUUUCAGUCAACCUAUGGUGGGGGUUUCAAACAAAUCUUUUCAAGGCCAGGUGUAUCCAAACAGAAAAAGAAGACUGGUUAACUUAUUCAUCAAUGCUUUGUAUGUAGGUGUACAUAGAACAAGUUGGAAAUUUCUUUUACCUGCUUGUAUAGUUUUGAUCCUUUUUUUCUGUUCAUAUAUGUACACGAUUAAUUUGAAUAAAUGAUAAUAAUAAUUUUGCUAGUAUCAGGUAUAUCCUGUUUGUUGAGUUUCAAUUUAACACCAGUUUAAUUUAAUAAUAACUAGGGGGAUGGCUUACAGUCUCAGGAUGGACACUAUCACCAACUGAGAUGCAGGUUUAUCCAGCUGAUAAAUCCUAAGUAUGAUGCAAUGCGCUUGCUGAACUUCACAGUCAGUCACGAUUAAGCAAAUUAAAUCAUAUUCAAACUUAAGGCAGUAUCUGUAAGAUGAUGCUCCAAGACCGGUCUGUAACCUCUCUCAGUUCAAUGGCAAGGAGUAAAGUGGUGGAGAGCUGCAUCAGCUUACGAAACGGAGUGGUCACUGACAAACUCUUAGCUCGGGUACAAAAGGUCCGUUUGGCAUUUACCAACUUCCGUCACCUGUAGUGUCGAGUAUGCUACGAGUAUGCUACUCAAUGAUUCUUUCUGUCCUGUAGGCGAUAUGAAGUGGUUACAAAGUUGCAAUCAUAGGUGUCCUCGUAGCAUUGCUCUCUUUUGGUGGAAUCAUCGUGUGAGAAACGUUGAAGUCAAUCGAACAUAAGCAAGUUGACUGAUAAUGUGAACCUUAGUCGAGUGAGAUGACUUGGACAUGCACUGCGCAUGCUAAGCCACCGUCGAUGUCAUGUUGGAGGAAGUUGAAUAAAGUUGGGAGAGGCUUCAGGCUUUCAUUGCGACAGAAAUCCUCUAGAACGGAAAUAAAAAAAAUCUUAGCUCAUUGCUCAAUAGUUAGCUUGACGUUUCGUGCUUCAAAAAUUAACCUACUCUACUGCAGGAUCAAAGUAAUCAAAUUUGAUUAUCCAGUUAUUUGUUAAUGCAAUCAGAAAUUAGUGAACCGCUUUUUUAGUGUGUUUUAUUAGUAUCUACAUACUGAGCUCUUUACGGCUGGUACAAGGAUUUUCGAUGAUAUAAGUUAGGUAUUGUCUUCUAAUAUUCCCACAGUUCAGUAAAACCGAAGGUCAUCAGGGGACAGUUUUUAUUCGCAGUCUCUUCAGUGUGCUCUGUAUCACUGUUUGCGUUUUAGUACUCUCGAUCGCUUUAACACUUGAAUAUGUACUCGUGUACUCAAUUAAAAAUACGAUGGGAAAUGCAUCUCUGCAAUGACAUGUGCUAGGAUAAAAGCCAUAUAUAAU